UGUUGCUUUCAAAAUGUGACAGGACCUCCAGCUGGGCGAGGAAUGUAUUUUGGUUGCCACUUAAUAGCUUUUUGUGUUUUUCCCGACCUUUCCCAGCUCCGAAGCCCCCCGUCAAUCGACAUUGCAUUGACGUUUGCGGUCCAUGGUCCUUGCUCCUUGCCCUUGCAAGGACAUUAAACGCCUUUUGCGAUGUCCAAUUGAAUUUAAAAAGCAGCCAUCUGUGGAAUUUUGUCGAGUGUAGCUGCAGUGGCCAGAUUAUUCUCGUGAGCGAACGGAGGCGUUUGUCUAUUUUUAAAGAGCCAAUAUGAAAUACCCGAAAACCCACUCACAGAUCGCUUGUAGAAGCACGUCUGUUUUCUAUGUACAUCACAUUGGAGAGUCGGUGAGUCGGAAAAAAAUUGAGCAAGCGUGUGCAUUUCCCGAAAAGAUUUCCUCACACCUCCACGAGAUUUUUGCGGCACAAACAGCGGCAAUUUCGAGUCGAUUCUCUGCAGGAACAGUUCGCGUGCUACUCGGCUCCGGAAUUCCUCCAUAAGUUGCAAGGCCCGCCGCUAACUGGAUCUUGAUAAAUAAAUAACCAUAUAUUAUUCAUCUUCUGGAUAAACAAAAAUCAGAAGCCAAAAAGACGAAAAACUUGUGCCCUAGUUGAUUUCGGCUUCUGUUUGAAUUGGUGUCGAAAGUAGAGGAAUUUCUGUGUCACGUUAAUAAAAAUAGCAUACCAGAGAUGUCAGAGUCCGCAGCCCAACAACAGCAGCCGCAAAAUGGCAAGGAACGCUCCAAGUCCACGGAGGAGAAGGAGAUACCACGCGAGCCGGCCCUGGUCCUCAAAGACAUUGACAUUAAGACUGAACUAGAAUGCCUCGUAAAACUGCUGGAUGGAAAAAUCUACAAGGAGGAAGAGGUGGCCAUGGAGGAGCUGCAUCAGUAUUUGAUCGAGGACGAUGGCUCCUGGGCUCUGGGCGACAAUUUUCUUGUAUUUGUCCAGCGUGUCUUGCGUGAUGUUCAGGCCUUCUCUCCGGACACACGGAUACAUUUGAUCCGAACACUUGCCUAUGCCGCUUUAAAAGACGAUGUGAUCAUUAUUCUGCAUCAAGAUCGCCGGGAUCACACGCUGAUGAACUUUGCCCAGGAUAUUGAUAAGCAUACACCGGAGGAGCAGCAAGCCUGGGCCAUGUUUAUGUGUAACCUGUUUGAGAAUGUCGGACCCUCCGAGUGGUUGCUUUACAUUUCCGAAUGGGACUACAAUGGCCAGACCAUCUCCAAUAUUCGCGUAACUACCAAGGUGGCCGUUCACUGCAUCCUUUCCAAUUGCCCGCAACUCAAAAACAUUGGCAGCAUGAUCCUCUACAAUAUUGGAAUCAAGGAAGUCAAGACUGUGGUUUUCGAUGACAUCGCUGUAGAACUGGCCAUGGCCAUUCUUCAGUUCUUCCAGAGCAGUCCUAACGAAGACCAGAUCUUCCGCACGUUGAAGGCGCUCGCCCGCUUCCUCGAGGUUUCGGCAGAUGUGCCAAUGAUCAUUCAAAUGAUUGGACCGCAUCCAAAACAGUUUGCCGGCAAAAGCGAGCGCGUCGACGAGCUGAUAAAAAUCAUCAGUCGCAAGGUGCCCGCCUAAGGGGAACUUCCACUCAAAAUGAACAUAACCAUAGUUUCUCCUCUUUUCUAAUAUAUAUUUUUAUUUUAGACCCACACUUUUGUAAAGCAUUUUAGCGACUCAAUAAACACUUGUACCCUUUUAAAAGGUCCAACUA